UAUAAUUCAUUAUUCUCUCUAACGCUUUAUAUAAGUUCACCAAAAAACGCUUCUAACUCACACUGCUUCUUUUCUUUCUCUUUCACUAAUGGAGUUAAAUGGCACUGACAGAGUUUACGCCCUUCACGUUGAAGCACAACCGAAGCCAAGCCCUCUCCGUAAAAUGUUAGCAGUCGCCUCCAUUGCCGCCGGGAUACAAUUCGGCUGGGCUCUCCAGCUCUCUUUACUCACUCCAUACAUCCAGCUCCUCGGAGUACCUCAUAAGUGGGCAGCCAAUAUCUGGCUAUGCGGUCCCAUCUCCGGCUUGAUCGUUCAGCCAAUUGUAGGAUACUACAGCGACCGAUGCCGUUCUCGCUUCGGUCGCCGUCGUCCUUUCAUCUUCUUCGGCGCAUUAUCCGUUGCAACCGCCGUCUUCCUUAUCGGCUACGCAGCCGAUUUUGGACGCUCUUUAGGCGACGAUAUCACGAAGAAAACUCGUCCACGUGCUGUUGUUAUCUUUGUGUUAGGGUUUUGGAUACUUGACGUUGCUAAUAACAUGCUUCAAGGACCUUGCCGUGCUUUCCUCGGUGACCUGGCAAACGGUGAUCACCGUCGAAUGAGAACCGGUAACGCGUUCUUCUCGUUCUUCAUGGCCGUCGGUAAUGUUCUAGGUUAUGCUGCUGGCUCCUACAGUAAACUCCAUAACAUUUUCCCUUUCGCCGAAACCAAAGCUUGCGAUGUGUUUUGCGCCAAUCUCAAAACCUGUUUCUUCUUCUCCAUUAUUCUCCUCGCCGCAGUUUCUGCUUUUGCUCUUCUCUACGUAGAAGACACUCCAAUAGAAUCAACACAAACCAAAUCACAAUUGGAAGAAGACAAAAACGAUUCUUGUUUUGGCGAGUUACUAGGUGCUUUCAAUGGCCUCGAGAAGAAGAUGUGGAUGUUGAUGUUGGUAACCGCCAUAAACUGGAUAGCAUGGUUCCCUUUCUUCUUGUUCAACACUGAUUGGAUGGGCCGUGAAGUGUAUGGUGGCGAUGUCGGUGAAAAACUUUACGACGCCGGUGUGCGUGCGGGUGCGUUGGGGCUCAUGAUUAAUGCGGUUGUGCUUGCUGUAAUGUCGUUGGCGGUUGAACCGUUGAGCCGUUUGGUUGGUGGAGCUAAGAGAUUAUGGGGAAUCGUUAAUAUUAUUCUCGCUCUUGCGAUGGUUAUGACGGUUAUCAUCACCAAAGCGGCGCAGCAUGAACGCCGUGUCAGUGGCGGUGGCGCACCGUCUACCGGUAUUAAAGCUGCAGCAUUCAUUUUCUACGCCGUCCUGGGAAUCCCUCUUGCGAUUAAUUUCAGUGUACCAUUUGCUUUAGCAUCUAUUUACUCUACCUCAUCAGGAGCAGGGCAAGGUUUAUCUUUGGGAGUCCUUAACAUUUCAAUUGUUGUUCCACAGAUGAUAGUAUCACCAUUAAGUGGACCCUGGGAUUCGUUGUUUGGUGGUGGCAAUUUACCUGCAUUUGUUGUGGGUGCUGUGGCGGCAGUCAUGAGUAGUAUUCUGGCAAUUGUUCUUUUACCUACUCCGAAGCCAGCCGAUAUUGCCAAAGCUUCAGCUGCCACCCCCGGUGGUUUUCAUUAAUUAAUAUAGUUUAUAUUUUUAUUAUUGUUGUAUUUUUCGAAUAUUCAACAUUUUGAUUUAUAUGUGUAUUAGACAUACUAAAGUCCAUUUAACUGUAUUGUGUAGUCUUACAUAGCCUUUUGUGGCUUUUGUUUUGACCAAUUAUGA